AUGAGAGCAGGAUUAUUUGCAUAUUUUAUGGUAAACAUUGUUAGUGUUGUGUAGAGAACUAGCGUUCAAGUUAUUAAUUCUAGUUAUAAAAGAAAUUUAUCAUUCGAUACUACUGCAAUUAAUUUAGAUAAAGAGAACUUUGACAUGGGUCUCUACAUAAGCUACUUUGGUGAAGACCCCACUGUUUAAAAUGAAAUUGAUACAUAUUUCACCGCUAAAUUCUACCAAGCCUUUUUCUAGGAUGAUCCCUCCACAUAAGGAUCACUUCUAGACUGGAAAUCAUAGGAACUUGAAACAGAAAUUUGCAAAGAAGGAAGAUUUAUUGGAGAAAAUGAGACCGCUAAAGUAAUUAAUAUAACUGGAAAUUUUUUAUGCUUGAAAGAUGACUUUAAGUUGAAACUCCAAGGGAGUACCUCAUCUGAAACGGCUCAUCUGAUUUACAUAUCUAUAACAAAUAAUCAAAUGAUUAAGUAUGCUUUUAACUACGCUCAGACGCAGGAUUCUUGGCUGGCAAACGCUUAUGACAAUAAAAAUUUGACAUAUUUUUCGGCAAGAUCAGAUUAUUCCCAAAUCGGAACAAGAAGUAUUGAAGCUGAUUGGAGUCUAUUUAGUGUUGAGAUUGAUCUAGACUCAGAUUACAUAAUUACUAAUAGAAAAGUUAUGACGAUUUUAGAUGCAUUUUCAAAUGUGGGAGGACUAAUGGGAAUAGUAUUUGCAAUGACAGGUUUCAUGAUUAAAGGAAUAUAAGAAUAACUGUUUCUUUAAUCCAUCAUUAAGAGAAUAUUCUUAUUUAGAGAUUCAGGUAAAAAGAAAGAUUAAGGAACUAAAACUAAAGGCUCAGAUAAGCUUUUAAAAACUAUAAAGAUGGGAAACUAAGAUGAUGAUUCAAUUGGGUCUUCCUAGGGUGUUUAAAGUAGUUUAAGUAUCUCUUAUGCUGAUAUGUUUUCAAUUAAGACUAGCAUUGAAACAGUUGAAAGUAAGAUUCAAUAGAAUAAACAAAAGAUAAGUGGGUAGAAGAGUUGGAAACAACAUCUUAGUGACUAAAUAUUUGCAUCUUUGAGAAGUCUAUCCUCUUUCAAUUACAGCUUAUGGGAGGAUUACUGGUUUAAGUGCAGAAAGUCCAUUAAUAAGUGCUUGAUAAGAAAAAGCUUAAAGGACAAAUUUCUGACUAAAAAUACUUUAUUCCUCAAAGCUAAAAAUAACAUUAAAAGAGAGUUUGACGAUGAUCUUAAGUCUAAGCACAGUGAUCCUGAAUUUAAUAAUAAAGACUUAAAAUCUGUAAGAGACUUGGGCGAUGACUAGCUUAUGAUAUACAUAUCAGAAUUAGUGCUAAGAGGUGACGAUGAUAAAAAUAAGAUAGAUAAGAGAAUAUUGAAAAACCUGACAGAUGACUUCUAAAGAUUGGCAACUUUGACCAAAGCCACUGCUGAUGAUAGCUACUCCACAAGCAACAAAAUUGGCAUCUCUGCUAAAAGAAUAUUCAGACAGCAGUUCCAAAGUAGAUUAGAAAGUGAGUGGAAGGUUUGA